UAAUGCUACCUGCGAUUCUAUGGCUCUUUAGCUCGUGUAUAUUAGGUAGGAUACUCAUGAAUAUUAUAUAUAAAAAACUAACGAAUUAUUCAAACGUUCGGUCGAAUAAUUUAAUAUAAAUCAGGUUUGUGCUCUUGUUAUAGGAUGACAUGGCUCAUGAAUAUAAAAUGAAAGCCUGCACCAUCCAGGAAAUACAUUUCACAGAAUCGCUGUCACCACUACGAAAAUGGCAUUCAACAGGAAUAUCAGCUUUCCAACCGCGACUUCCAUUUAUACCCGAAGGAGUUCAUAAAUUGAAGUGUUUAUUCACGAGAUUUCGGAAGGAUUGAGACUAGGUUUUGGGAAGCUCCGUGGUAGGAAUUAUUCUUGUGAUAGAUUUUAUAUUGUACAAUAUAGGCUAAAAUGUAAUUUAUGCAAUCCUAAUCAAUGCGUGUCAUUGGUAUUGUAAAUAAUUGAAUGCAUUAGUGAACAUCACCAUAAUAGAAGCCGUAUGGAUAUAACCUAGAUAAAGAUAAUAACUACUACUCGUUGUUUGUAAGUUCAAAGCCCAAUGAACUAUCACCAUUGUGCCCUUGAUUAAGACAAAACCUCCGGUUACUCCCGCAGGAUUAAAUCUGUAAUGUGUGGAUCUGGAUUAAAGCAUUAGUUAAAUGUCUAAAUAGUAAUCAGAAAUGCCGAGAGAGAUGCGCUCAUCGUCGGAUGUGGAGUACAGUCCGGUGGGAGAAGGCUUUGGAAUGCGGGAGUUCUGGCUCUAUGUGUGGCUGCGCAGAGUCUCUGUGAUCGCCGCGCACAUCAUUUCAGUCGGCCUGUUUAUUCUCACAUCCAUAUUGUCCAGACCAGGAGCAAGUCUUUUCUCUUGGCAUCCGGUCUGCAUGUCACUUGGGUUUGGCCUGUGCAUGACAGAGGGGAUCCUUCUCUUCUCUGCUGAGGGCAGUCCAUUCUGCUUUAAAUCCCGUAAAUGGAAGGUCCGUCUGCACUGGUUCUUCCAGGCCUUACUGCUGGUGUGUGGAGCUACAGGCUUCAGCUUCAUAGUGGCCAGUAAGAACAUAUCAGAGCAUUCUCACUUUACCUCCUGGCACAGUCUGCUGGGAAUCGGUACAAUGGCUGCUACUGUGCUACAGGCGAUCUGUGGUGUCUUUCUUAUUUUUCCCAAACUUAUCAGCACUCAGUCGUUUCCACGAUUGAAACUGUACCAUGCCACCUGUGGCCUGGUGGCCUACCUGUUAGUCACCAUCACUAUCAUGUCAUCCAUGUUUACAGACUGGUUUCAGGCCACGGUGAAAGGAACAAUGUGGUACAUCUUCCUAAUGCUGCCUCUGUUUCCUGCCUUGGUGGUGAUGAACCAAAUUACCAGUGCCUUCCUGCCCAAAAAGAAGAUUACUAGCUAAAAAACGAAAGCCUCAAUAUAGAGGUUUAUUUUGGGCUCUGGACUUGAACAGAUGUAUGACCACUGAAUGGUAAAGCACAACUUUGAGGAAGCGAUGAGAUUUUAUUUAAGGUGCACUAAGUAAUUUUUCUCUUUAAAAUUGAAGUGUGUCACUUCUUUAAUGUUAAAAUACUUUCUAUGUCAGAGACAAUUACAAGUAAACCAUUUGCAGGAUGAUUUCCCCAUAAAGUGGCGGUAUCAAAACAAUGUUUGCUUGAUCCAAUGGCUUGUGUUUGGGUCAGGACCCCGACCAAUGGUAGACAUGGGAAACCCUAAUAUUUUCAUUAUUUUUCAUAUUUUUUUAUAUCCAAUUAGACUUCAGUCAUGUCAGUACCCCAGAAAAAUAUAUUUUAUUCUUUAUAAGGCGGGUUCACCCCUUCAUGGUGGCUGCCAUGUUGAGAUCACAUAGCCAUUGCGUCUUGACCAUGUUAAUAAACUAAAACUUUAUACAUCCAUGCCAAUAGGUGUCAGUAUAAAGUCCAAGACUACUGUUGUAUUAGUUGUUUAAGAGUACGAAUACGAUCCAGCAAAACAUAAAUUAUUUAGUGCACUUUUAAGUAUCAUGACUUCUGAAUUUGGAAAUAAAUGCACAUUGUAAAUAAAUAUUAAAUAUAUUUGUGUAUUUUCAAAUGUUGAAUUUGAUACAUACAAGCAACUAGCUGUGCUUUUUACGUGACAUAUUUUACAAGAUCCAUUGAGAUCUGUUGUUCUUCAUGGUGUUAUUUUUCUAUGCACCAUUAACUAUGGGCUUUUGAGGCACUCUGGGAAAAUACUUUAUGAAAUAAUACAAAAUGGCACUUGUGUAGCAAGAAUAGUACCAUUGUGUUAUUUACCUUACAAAAUGUGUAUACAAAAAUGGAAUUCAUUUACACCAAUAAGUCAAAACAUUAUGACCGUAUGCCUAAUAUGAUGUUGGUCGUCCGCGUACUGCGAAAACAGCACCAACAUGCUGAUGCAUGGACUCAACAAGACCUCUGAAGGUGUCCUAUGGUAUCUGGCACAAAUACAUUAGAAACAGAAUGUCCUGUAUGUCACAAGGUGGAGCCGUCAUGGAUAGAACUUGUUGUUCCAGCACAUUCCACAGAUGCUCAAUCGGGUUGAGAUCUGGGGAAUUUGGAGGCCAGGGAUACACCUUGAACUCUUCAUCAUGUUCCUCAAACCAUUCCUGAAAGAUGUGUGAAGUGGGGCAGGGCACAUUAUCCUGCUGAAAGAGCCCACUGCCAUCAGGGAAUACCAUUGCCAUGAAGGGGUGUACCUGGUCUGCAACGAUGUUUAGGUAGAUGGCACAUGUCAAAUUGAUGUUCACACGAAUGGCCUGACCCAGGGUUUCCCAGUAGAACAUUGCCCAGAGCUUCACACUUCCUCCACCGGCUGGUCGACAUCCCACAGUGAAUCCUGGUGCCAUCAUUUCCCCAGGAAAAUGGUGCAUACGUACACAGCCAUCCACGUGAUGUAAAAGAAAACAGGACUCAUUGGACCAGGCAACCUUUUUCCACUGCUCCAAGGUAAAGUUCCAGGUGCUUUCAAUGGAGGACAGUGGUCACCAUGGGCACUCUGACCUGUCUGCAGCUACGCAGCAGGGAGUGACUCGUGCAACAGAAGACCUUCUGUCGGUUUGGACCAGACGGGAUAGCCUCCGUUGUCCUUGCGCAUCAAUGAGCCUUGGGCGCCCAACACACUCUUGCCAGUUUGUGGUUUGUCCCAUCUCGGACCACUGUCUGUAGGUACUCACCGCUGCUGACCAGGAGUACCCCACAAGUCUUGCUGUUCCGGAGAUGCUCUGACCAAGUCAUCUGGCCUUAACAAUUUAGCCUUGUCAAAGUCCCUCAGGUCUUUACUCCUGCCCAUUUCUCCUGCAUUUAACACGUUGACUACGAGAACUGAUUGUUCACUUACCAUCUAAUCUACCCAGACCUUGACAUGUUGACUUGUUAGGAGAUGAUCAACAUUAUUUGCUUCACCUGAGAGUGGUUGUAAUGUUUUGGCUCAUCGGUGUAGUUCUAUAUUCAGUAAAUUUGUCUUAUUGGUUUUCUACUUCUCUUUACACCACAUCCAUGUGAGUUUUGCAUUGUAUUUUAGGGUGCCGUAGUUCAUUUUGUUUGUCACAGUAGUAUUUGAUUGUGUGCUUUUCUGUGCUUAACCAUUUGUAGCAUAAACACUUAAAUAUCAUGACCUCAAAAUGUGAUUUAUUCUGAAACUUGUUUUUACUGAUAAAAUGUUUUACUAUGGCCAAUGAUGGAAAUUGUUAUUAUGCAUACUGUAUAUUGUUUUAAUUGCUGUUUUAAAAAAAGUGUAUUCACAAUAAAGCUCCAGUCUAGAAUUUGACAUGCUUCUAGUAAAAUCAGACAUCAAGAUGGAUAAAAGUGUAGUACUUUUUAAACCUGUCAUAAAAAAAAAAAGAGUUGAAUAAGAAGCAUGCAGAUAUUGACCCAGAUUGAAUCACUAUUGAUUGCAUUUACUGUAUUGAAUUGACAUGACUUGUUAAACAGUAAUAUGAGUGUUCCGCUUAUAAGCAUACUCUAAAACAUUUCUGAUUUAUGCAUAUGUAAUCUAAAAGGGAAACAAAAACCUGAAUCAGUUUUCAUUACUGUUUGGAGAACAGUUCUUAUGAUGCAAUAAGUGUGCUGUUGCAAUUUUUCUAUUUAUGUAAUUGCACAAAUUGAUCAGGCUAUGAGAUUUUACAGCUUCAUCCACGAAUGUAGAAAAUGACUCAGGGUUGUGGUUUGUGAAUUUGUAAUAUUGGCAUAGCAAUGAAACAAUAUUUUUGAGCAUAUUGUAUUCUAUACUGUAUUAAAAGUCUUUAAGGACUGGUUGGAUCUACCUUAUGAACAGUAAACUAUUGGUUUUGUUUGAA